CUCUCAGUGGCAAACUGAUCUUCCAAUAAACAAGUGUAGAUUUUGUUUUCGCUUCGCUGUGUUUCUGUAUACCCGCUUAUUGUUUAUCUGCUCGUUCGCGCGCAGCUGUGUGUCAUAAAUACUUACAUAUAUCAUCACAUUAAUUCGAAGAUCUUAGUUUUAUUAUAAAUUCGGAAGCAAUGCUCCGCCGGCAUCAUUGUGUAUUUUUCAUUUAUUUAAUGAUUAUUAACGCAUCAGCAUUAGAACGUUAUGAACCGAAUUGGGAUAGUCUCGAUAAGCGUCCAUUGCCCAGCUGGUAUGAUAAGGCAAAAAUUGGCAUUUUCAUUCAUUGGGGUGUAUAUUCAGUGCCCAGCUUUGGUUCCGAAUGGUUUUGGACCGACUGGAUAAAUUUACGAUAUCCCAAUUAUUUAAGCUUUAUGAAAAACAAUUACAAGCCAAACUUCUCUUAUCAAGAAUUUGCUCACGAAUUCACAGCUGAAUUAUUCAACGCUACAAAAUGGGCUCUUCUUUUUCGCGACAGUGGAGCGAAAUAUGUGGUUUUAACCAGUAAGCAUCAUGACGGUUACACGCUGUGGCCGUCUUCAGCUUCCUUCAGUUGGAAUUCUAUGGAUAUCGGUCCAAAACGAGAUAUUAUUCGUGAACUUUCUUCCGCGAUUCGCAAAGAGACAACACUCAAGUUUGGUUUAUACUAUUCACUUUUCGAAUGGUUCAAUCGGCUAUAUAUCAAUGAUAAAUUGCAUAUAUUUUUGGAACAAAAUUAUGUAAAUAGAAAAUUGCGCCCAGAGCAAAUUGAAUUGGUAAAUGAGUACCUACCAGAAAUCCUAUGGUCAGACGGGGAUUGGGAGGCACCGUCGAAAUAUUGGAAGUCGGAAGAAUUUAUUGCUUGGUAAAUUUCAUUUGUUCUCUUUAC